UGAAAUAAGCAAGGGCUUUAACUAUAAAAUCGAAAGCCCACAAUGCCAUCAAAUUCAGUAGAAGUUUAAUUUUUGCUAUGCAAUAUUUAUUGCUUAUUGUUCUUUUGUAUGGAUUAUCAGGAAAUUAUUGGCAAGUGUUUGGGUUUGGUUUUGGACCAUUUGCCCCAUCACCAUUUUGUCCAUCGCCAUAUUAUGUAGUUGCACCAUCGUAUUCGGUCUAUCCAGCUUAUCCUCCGCCACCUUUGGGAUUUUUUGACGCUAUACUCCAGACGAUAUUUGCGAAGAAGGGCAAAUCCUAUCCUCCGCCAUUUGGUUAUCCACCACCACCACCACCGUUAUACUAUCCUCCUCCUCCUCCACCACCAGUGUACUAUCCACCACCUCCGCCACCGCCACCAGCACAGCUUCCGAGCAUACAAGACCAAAUUAUUAAAGUACAUAUUACUAAAGAUUAUGGAGAUGAGGAAGGAGAUCAUCAUCAUCAUCACCAUCAUCAUGAUCAUGGGCAUAAUUCGGAUUACAAUAAUUGGGACUAAGCUCGAAAUUUGUAUUCUAAAAUUUGUUUGAUUUUUUUAUAAUUAUUUAAGUUUUCCAAGAACAAAAAUUUGUAAAAGAAGAAUAAUAGAAACCAGUUUCCAGUUCGGUAUUGACAUUUUGGCAGUUAUUUCAAAUUUACACAAAAGGCUGAUCAACCAAAAAUGCUAUAAGAAUAUGUCAAGUUGACGCAUGCUUAACAAAAGGCCUGCGUUAAGAUUAAAACAUCUUCAUUUUGAACAUUGAAACCAAACCGGACCGUACCGGACAUACAAAAAAAUCAAAACAAGAAAUCGGAACAAGGGAUGGUGAACAAGUUAAAAAUGGACAGUACCGUACAAAUACUUUACACAAAUAUUUUGAAAUAACAGAAGAUUUUUAAAUAAAUGGUGGUGGUUUAAAAUGAUUUUUAUUGUAAAGAAAGAAACUUACACAAAAAUAAAAAUACUUGAAAAAUUAUCAAU